AGAGAAUACCCCUGGAGUAUCGCUGAAAAGAGGAAAAUACGGGACCGUCAGCAGGCUGAUAUAAAAUAUUUAUCUGGAUGGGAGCAGUGGAAAAGAACUAACAGUAAAUCACUGAAAAAAGUUCUUAGUGAAGUCAAGGAGUUGUCAUCUUACCUGGAGCUUUGGAGACAUGAUAUUCACAGCAUAGAAGGGAAAUUUGGUACUGGCAUCCAGUCCUAUUUCUCCUUCCAAAAAAUGAAUUUCAUAAUUUUUCUCCUGAUGUUCAGUUCUGUUAUCCUUCCCAGCAUCAUUUAUAAAUAUGGAAUAUUCAACAGUAGCUUUGCUAAAAUUCCUCCAAAGAACAUAGAGCCUCACUGCACAGUUUAUGAACCUAGUGGUAAUAAGGGACUUGUUUACUUCUAUACUUACCUCAAAGAUUUGCUCAGUGGCACUGGGUUUCUUGAAGUGACAAGUUUGUUUUAUGGCUAUUACAUGGUAGAUGCUGUGCAGCUCAGGGUCCUGAGGUACAACCUGCCACUAGCGUAUCUGCUGGCUACAUUUGCCUACCUUGCAUUAAGCCUCCUCUGGAUAAUAAAAAGGUCUGUGGAAGGAUUUAAGCAGAACUUGGUGCAUGAUGAAAAUCAGUUUCAGAGUUACUGCAACAAGGUCUUUGCAGGCUGGGACUUCUGCAUUACAGAUCCAAAUGCUGCACAACUGAAACAUUGCAGCUUGCAAUAUGAGCUCCAGACAGACUUGGAGGAAGAAAGACAGAAGCGGAAAAUAGAGGGCAGGACAAUGAAAGAAAAGCUACGCAUCUACUCUCUGAGAAUAUUUAUAAAUAUAAUCGUCAUUGCAGUUCUAUCAGGAUGCUUUUAUUGUAUUUACAGAGCAACUGUCUUCUCUCAAGAAAACUCCAAUGAUGUCAGCAAUAUGAACUACCAAGCUAAUCUCUUAGUGCAGUAUUUGCCUUCCAUUGUGAUCACAUUGGCCAACUUCAUUGCUCCUCAGAUCUUCUCAUUUCUGAUCAGAUUUGAAGAUUACUCACCAGCCUUUGAAAUCAAGCUGACACUCAUGAGGUGUGUCUUUGUGCGGUUGGCCAGUAUCGGUGUUCUCUUGUUCUCGCUGUGGAGUCAGAUCUCCUACUGUGCCACCGACAAGUGUAAGGCCUGUGGAUACAAUUACGAACUCUAUCCUUGCUGGGAAUCUGAAGUUGGGCAAGAAAUGUAUAAGCUGAUGAUAUUUGAUUUUAUUAUAAUUCUUGCUGUGACCCUGUUUAUGGGUUUUCCUAGAAAGUUGUUAGUUACUCAUUGCUCUUGCAAGCCAGUUCAGUGGUGUGGAUUACAGGAAUUUGGAAUUUCUGACAAUGUCCUGGAAAUCAUUUAUGGGCAGACUAUCUGCUGGAUUGGAACCUUCUUUUCACCACUUCUCCCCGCAAUAGCAACUAUAAAAUACUUCAUCAUCUUUUACAUUAAAAAGAUCAGUUUGAUACAUACAUGUAAAUCUUCAGCUAGGCCUGUCAGAGCAUCAAGUUCCAAUUUUUUCUUCUUGGUGGUGCUGUUGAUUGGGCUCGUCUUGGCUUUUAUUCCUCUGGGAAUCAGCAUAGCACAUAUCCCCUCCUCCAAGGCAUGUGGACCAUUUAGGAGUUUUAACACUUCAUGGGCAGUUGUUCCAGAUACAAUACUUGGGUUUCCAACGGGUCUGCAGCAGGUCCUUUACAGCAUAGCAUCAGAAGCCUUUGCAGUGCCUUUGUUUAUCGUCAUUUG